AUGCGACUCAACCCGGACAAAUGUGUGUUUGGCGUCCUAGGAGGAAAGUUCCUGGGCUUUGUGGUCAGCGAAAGGGGCAUCGAGACCAAUCCCGAGAAGGUACAGGCAAUUCUCGAUAUGGCACCACCGAAAUCUAGGAAUGAGGUCCAAUCCCUAACUGGGAAGGUCGUCGCCCUCGCUCCAUUCUUCAAGCUCCUUAAAACUCACCAUACCGAGACAAUCAUCACCGCGGUCAGUGCUGCCUUGGUCAGGCGAGAGGACAGCAACGAGCUACCAGUCUACUACACUGGCAAGGGAUUCAAUGACGCCGAGUCCAGGUACUCCGAUAUUGAAAAAUUUGCCCUUGCACUCCUCACGGCCGUACGGCGAUUACGACAGUAUUUCCAAGCACACACGAUACAUGUAUUGACCAAACAACCCCUGAAACAAGUCCUUCAGAAGCCAGAAUCUUCAGGAAGAUUGGUCAAAUGGUCCAUUGAACUUGGCGAGUUCGACAUCCAUUACACUCCACGUACAGCAAUCAAGGGACAAGUCGCCGCCUACAUCAUUUUCGAGUUCAUACCCCUGGAAGACCCCACACCCUCGGACGAGACUAUCUCGGAACCCCAUACCAUACCCACAUGGACUCUCCACGUGGACGGAUCCUCCAACAGAAAACUCAGCUGUGCCGGUGUGGUCUUGACUGACCCGGAGGGGAACGCAUAUGAGUACGCGCUACAGUUCAAGUUCAAGGCCUCUAACAACGUAGCCGAGUACGAAGCACUGAUCGCCGGCAUUCAACUGGCCAAAGAAUUAGGUGUCACGAGGCUGACAAUCUUCAGUGAUUCCCAACUUGUCGUCAACCAAGUCUGCGGCGAUUUCCACGCCAAGGAGCCGCACAUAUCCCACUACCAAGCUCUCACUAAGACUUUACUCCAACGAUGUCUCCCCAACCAUACAAUCGCCCUUAUCCCCGGAGCACAGAACAACAAGGCAGACGCAGUGGCGAAAUUGGCGACAUCGCCCCCAGAAACCAAUUUGGGAAGCCUUAAAGUGGAAACCUUAGACAAGCCAAGCAUCGAUAAGCCAUUCUCAGAGAUAUUCCUGACCGAAAGCGAGUGUCCCCCCUCGUGGAUGGACCCAUUCGUAGACUACCUUUCCAAGGGCAUCGAGCCCCAGGACAAGAUUAUCGCUACCAGGCUUUGUAGACGAGCCACGCUAUACAAGAUACGGGAGGGCAAACUAAACAAGAAAGGCAGGUCCUUCCUUCUGCUAAAGUGCAUCUCCCUCGAGGAAGGACAGCGGGUCUUACUGUCAUUGCACAGCGGGGUCUGUGGCAAUCAUGCCGGAGCGAGGAAUCUGGCAUUCAAAGCUUUGCUUACAGGGUAUUACUGGCCCACCAUUGAACAAGACGCAAAGCGCAUCGCUAGCGCCUGCCUCAAAUGCCACCAAUUUGCCAACUCCCCCUUGCUCCAUCAGUACCACUUUCAAUCAUCAUCACGCCUUGGGCAUACUGCCAGUGGGACCUCGACUUUAUCGGCAAGUUUCCAACUGCCCCAGGGCAACUCAAGUUUGCCAUCAUCGCCGUAG